UAUACUUACGGAUGAGUAUCGUUGCAAGUUGUUUUUUUUUGUGUGCAAAAUAAAAAUCUUUAAGGACAUUAGAUUUACAAAACGGAAAGAUUAAUUGCAUACGAGAUUUUUUAAAUAAAAGUUCCAGUUACACAAAAAAUAGAUUUUAGCAUCACAAAUAAAACACAUUAAUAAAAUCGAAACAUGUAUUAUCUUUAUUAAUGAUUUAAUUUCAACAAAAAAAAAUGUCUUACGAAUCUUUAGACAAUCAGUUUAAUGAAAUUGAAAGAAAUGAACAUAAUAUCACGAGGACAGUUCAGCCAAGGUAUUGUAAUGACCAAACUAUUCAAAACCUUUACGAAGAUGGUGACAUUAUGCAAGAUUAUGAAAUUGAAAAUAAUUCAACUAGUAAAAUAAACAAAUUGAAUCAAUAUGACGAUAACAUAAACGAUACUUUCAAAACUUCUGACAUUUCUGAUAAUAAUUAUAAUAAUUGUAACGAUACUGAAUUGGGUGAGUUUAAUUUUUAUUAUUAUAAAGCAGAUUUAUUGGGUCACGAAUUAGAAAAUGAGGAAACCAAUAACAACAAACCAGAAGAGAGUUGCUUAGCCUGCACAUUAAGUGAAAUAAGAAGCGACUUCGGAACUGUUCGUGGUUUACAAUCAAAAGUAGCAAUGAUAGUAAAGCAAUUUAACAACAACAAAACAAAUAGCAAUUUUCUCCAUACUUGUGACAUUGGUUUAAGUCCAGAAUAUAAAAAGGUCAUUAUUUACACUACAAGCUUAGGAGUUAUUAGAAAAACUAAAUCAGAAUGUCUCUAUGUUAGACAAGUAUUUAGAAUUUUAAUGGUAAAAACCGAAGAACGGGAUAUUUGUUGCCAAGAAAAUCGGAAAAUUUUUGAAAAACAGUUUAAAGGUCUAACUCCUCCUCAAGUAGUCAUAAAAGGUGAAUACGUUGGUGGUCGAGACCGAAUUGAAGCUUUACUUGAAACUGGUCAAAUUUAUAAUUUAAUUCGUUACAUUGAUAAAGUUGAAUACAAUCGGCAAUCAUGCAAAAACUGCGCAGGGCUAUAUUAUAUUAACUGCCCACACUGUUUAGGAAGCCGAUGUUCAAAAUAUCUUCGUUUUACAAGAAAAUUGUUUCGAUUGAACUGCACUUUCUGUACAGACGGUCUUAUUAGGUGUUUAGAAUGUUUAGAUAUGUUAAGUUAG